UUUCUUUCAGGUGUUGACACUGAGAAGGAAGGCCUCGUUGGCGUCUGAAGAUGGCUGCAUCCAAAGAGGCCGUCCCGUCCUUGGCCGAAUGUCAGUGCUUCGUCUGUAUGGAAAUCCUGCUGGAGCCGGUGACCCUUCCCUGCAACCACACGAUCUGUUACCAGUGCUUCCAAUAGAUUGUCGAAAAAGCCAAACUGUGCUGUCCCUUCUGUCGCCGCCGGUUUUCCUCGUGGACUCAGUACCAUACCCGAAGAAAUUCUCUUCUCAAUAUAGACCUGUGGGAGAUUAUUCAGAAACACUAUGCGAAGGAGUGCCAGCUUCGAGUCUGCAAGGGAAGUCAUUGGUGACUGCCAGCCAGGUCGUCUGUUAAGUCAACCUGGGGAGUUGGCAAGAGAAGUCGUUGGUGACUGCCAGCCAGGUCCUGUGUUAAGCCAACCUGGGGAGUUGAGACGAGAAUAUGAAGAGGAGAUAAGAAAGAUGGAGGCUGAACGACAGGCCAGCAAGGAAGAAGAAAACAAAGCCAGUGAGGAAUAUAUACAGAAACUCUUGGCGGAGGAGGAGGAGGAGGAGGAGGAAAAACUAUGGAUGGAAACGAGGAGAAGCGAGAUGGAAGAACAGCUGAAAGACGACGAGGAUCUGUCACUGAGGCUCAGCAUCAGUAGUAACGAUAACUACGAGAAAAGUCCCUUGGCUUCUCCUUCGAGUUCCAGAAAAUCAGAUGCAGUCACAAACAAGUCACAAAAUGAAAAUACAAACACACAAAAAGACGUUGGACAUACUCAAAAAUAUUUGUCACCUAAACUGAAGUCUGGGUCAGCAUGGCCAGGUGAAGAGGAUAAAAGCUGCAUGUCUAAGGAGAGCCCCGUGGGGCAAGACACCCACACUGAAAAAGAUAUGCCAGCACUUUCUCCAAAGAUAUGCCUAGAAACUCAAGAACAAGCUUCAGAGUCUUUGGCAGAGUCACCUGUGCUGUGGUCAUGUGCCAUGCGUGCAGAACAGUCCCUUCAAGGAACAGUUGAAACACUACCAACCAACCGUGAUGAUGAAGCUACAGUUAAGCCUUCUGGUAAAAUAGAAAAUGAAGAGGGCUCUGUGUCAGGUGUGACCCAGCUAGCUGGCGGUAACAGAGCUCCAGAAAGUAGAGUAGUUGGAAAAGAGAUUUAUGAAAGAGAAAACCAGGAUUCUGUGUUUGAAGCAGUCAUGGAUCCAUGCUCUUCUGCAAAAAGAAGCAAAGUGUUCCUCAAAUUGUCAGAUCCAGAAGAAAAAGAAGUGAGUUUUAAACAAAAACUGAUAGAUUUGGAACACAGGCUUUUUGAGAGACAUAAGCAAGAAGAGCAGGACCGAUUGUUUGCAUUACAGCUUCAGAAAGAGUUGGACAAAGAACAGAAGACGGUCAACCGACGGAAAGGAACCCCAGAUCAGUACCAGUUGCGCACAUCUUCGGCACCAGACAGGCUGCUGGGUCAACAGAGGAAAAAUUCCAAAGAUAGGACUUCGUAAAGCCGACUAAUUCAGAGCAUCCAAAACCUCACGGGAGCACAGAAGGUGAAUAUUGGUAGCCCUUUAAAAGCACAUGGAAGGAUUCAGUUAAUGGAAGAAAAGUGCCAAGUUCUACUAAAGAUGACUGCAGUAAUGUAUCUAAACACACUUAUUCCCUACAGUCUAGUUAAUUCACAGAAAAGUGUUAUCCAAAUGUCUCAGAGAUAAACCAAGCAAAGCAUGGCUAAAGAGAAUGUUCUGUAAUCUAGUAAAGCUGCAUUGUAAAAACUAGCUCUUCUCUAUCAUAAAAUCUGGAGAUGUGUCAUUAAUUUCUGCUCAUCAAGCACACCUACUCUCUUAGUUAAGACGUGCUUGCAAAGGAAGAGUCUACAAACAUGAUUCUGCAAAAGUCCUUCAGGGUUCCUGCUUAAUGGAAAAGUCUGUCAGACCCAUUCUGCAGGACACAAAGAUAAAUGACUGACA